ACGCCUGACCUCAAUUGAGUCCCUAAGCUCCCCUCGAAUCACACUGUAUCACUGCCACGUACAGACCAACACCCAUUCUAAUCCUAUGCUACCGAGGGCCAGCGGCUGCACAUGAUUUCUACGAAACAUAUCACGGUCCACCAACAUCAACUACCAUACAUUGCUUUCAAGCACCUACGGGGACAAAGAAAACAGCCACCCACCCCCGGUGCCCCGAAGCUCUUUUUAGCUGAGCGACUGUAACAUAUCUCUUGUGUUCUCUUCGCUUCCGGCCCACCCCUGGCUGACUCGAAUAACAUCGACGGCAUCCUCCUUUCACCCCACACACCUUACUACCAUACACACCGACGCACAUCGCCAGACAAUGUCGUCAACAACACAAGCAGCCGCCAACAAGCGCAAACGCCUCUCAGGCGGCAGCACCACUUCGCUGCCGGACGAGGUUGCGGCCGCCGAGCGGGCACAAAUCUCGGAGUCGCGCGACGCGUCUGCAGAAGAGGGCGACACCACAGCGGCGGAGACGCCGGCGACGGAACUCAAGACUGCACCCACCUCGCACCCGCCAAUUAAGCGCCAGCGGUCGAGCAACAACGCAGUCGGCGAUGCGACCGUCGACAUGGGCGAGCCCAGCGAUACCACCGAGGCGAGCGUGGACAUUGAGAACCGUGUAGGCCGCAAGGGCAGGAAGAACAGUAGCCCCAACGAGGAGGAGGAGAGCAUGGCGCCGCCGCCCAUCGGCAAGCUCACACACCCGGUUGGCUAUCGUACCAAUGACCCGCCGGUUGGCAGGCCAGUCAGGAUCUAUGCCGACGGCGUUUUUGAUUUGUUCCACCUUGGGACCCUUGCUGACAUUCUCGCCGUGCGCGAUCUUAGCCACAUGCGACAGCUAGAACAGGCUAAGAAGGCAUUUCCGGACGUCUACCUAAUCGUCGGAGUGACAGGUGACGCCGAGACCCACAAGCGCAAGGGCCUGACGGUGCUUUCUGGUAAGGAACGUGCCGAGACGGUCCGUCACUGCAAGUGGGUGGACGAGGUCAUCGAGAACUGCCCGUGGAUCGUCACGCCUGAGUUCCUCGAGGAGCACAAGCUUGACUAUGUCGCGCACGACGACAUUCCAUAUGGCGCCGACGAGGGUGACGACAUCUACGGGCCCAUCAAGGCCGAGGGCAAGUUCCUAGUGACGCAACGCACAGAGGGUGUCAGCACGACAGGCAUCAUUACCAAAAUUGUACGCGACUACGAAAAGUACAUUGCAAGGCAACUCAAGCGCGGCACUUCGCGGCAGGAGCUCAACGUAAGCUGGCUGAAGAAGAACGAGCUAGAUCUGAAGCGACACGUGCAGGAUCUGCGAGAAAACAUCCGCAGCAACUGGACGACGACGGGUCAGGAGCUCAGCCGCGAGCUGAGGCAAUACUGGCCGGCUUCCAGGCCGCAGAGCCCCGCCCCCUCAAGGCCCUCGCUGCAGGUUCCUAACGGGGACCAACUCACAAGCCCGCAACAGCAGAGCAGCUCGAGGGAGGCGCAGCUCCGAUCGCCAACCACGCCAGGCAGCGCCAACGUCAACUCCAACGACUUCGUGGCCGGAUACGCGGUCGGUUUGAUCGGCGGUGUAAGGUCUUGGAUGACCAAGAGCCGUCGUAGCCUGAGGGAUGAGAGGGACGACUCCUCAUCGCGCCCGCAAAGCGACGACUCAUCGGAAGAGAGUGAGGGCAAGGAGAAGACAACACGAACUCGCAGGGUUGUUCCCAAGGGCAACGCUACCGCUACAGGAGCCUGAAGAUUAGGCACUGCUGGCCUGUGCUUGUUCGGCUCUUUUUUCCGUCUACAACCCUCCCCUUUACUUUUUUAUUUAUUUUUAUUUCUCUGUCAUCAGCUCUUCCUGAAUGCUUCCGUGGGGUGCGAUUUUGAACGAUUAUAUACAGGGACGGGAGGAAAGAAAGGAUAAUGGGCGAGGUUAUUAAAAAGUGAGAAGAGUAAUCGACUGGAGAUGAUCCGAAAUACACAUUCACCUACUACAGCAUUAAGUGCUGAAAAUCACAUUCAAACUUAUUGAUAUACUUGGAUCGUUGGGGAUCAGCAGGUGGAAGAGGUAAUAGAGACUGUUCUUUUUUUUUCUUCCUUCGUUUCCUUUGGGCGAUAAGCACACCACCCUGCGUCGCAGGGUGGUUUAAUUUAAGCAUUGAAACUAUUCUAAUCGAAAAUCAUGAUUUUGC